AAAGACUGCGGCAAAAACGAAGAUAAUCGUCCAACACGCAAGCGGGUCCCGCACUUCUCCCUUAACACGGAAUUCCGGAAAGAUCCACACCAUGUUCCCUCCUGGACGCGGCAACGACGGGCUGAUCGUAGGCCAACAAUUUGUCAUUAGCCUUUUCGGUACGAGCAAGGUAUUCACAGUAGAAGGGGAAGAUGUCCAUCUCCGGGACUAUGAGGAGGGCAAUGAGAGGCAAAUUUGGAUCUGCGAAAUGAACUCGAACAAUCGGUUUGGCAUGCGGUGCGCAGAGACCGGACGCUAUUUGGGCCGGAGGAGUUUGUGGGAUCUGUUUGGAUGUUCCGUGGCUCAUCAUCUCGGCUGGGAGUGGCUAACUUUCACGCGGCUUAGCCACGGCGGGUACUCCAUAAUGGUGAGCAGCCCGGUCGUUAGCGAUAAGCUCUCCCCGGUUCAAUGUAUCGACAGCAAUAGUCCGGAUUUGAAGAUUGGGGAAGCAAUGACCCAGUUCGGCGUACACCAGCUCAAAGACCCAGUGUUCAGACGGUUCGAGUGGGUGCUUCCGGAUCGUCUUGCACGCUCAUCUGCACCUUACUACGAUGGCGAGGAUUCCGAUCAGAGUAUCAACGAAACCUCGAUUGAAUUCCUGGCCAAAUACGGUAUACAGAACAUCAUCAGUUUAAACUCCGUAGAGCUCACACCGCGGGAACGGGGUAGGCUUCGUGCUGCCAAGAUCUCGUACUCGCACAUCAGGGCUCUAAACUGUACCGCGCUCACCCAGGAGCAGUUUGAUCAGAUAUGGAAUGCCUAUGAAAAAACGGGGGCUACAAUCGUCUAUUGUGGGUACGGGGAUGGGAGGACCGGGAUGGCUAUUAGUGCAAUUCAGCUCUUCCAGGGUCGUAUUCUAAGCGACCUGGAUUAUAGGGCGAACGGUGUGCAGUGUGACAACCAGCUGGCGGCAUUGGAUGAACUGAGCGAGAGGAUCCAUGGGUAAGUGUCUCUUCUAAAAAGUGAUAUUUCCAGGGCUAACUUCUACUUCAAGAAGUGCCGAAAAAUACAGUGAUGCCCCUGGUACCCAACCCCCACCGUAUACAGCACCCGCAAAAAAGAACUGAUGGAAUGCACGGCGAUGGGUUUAUGGGGGGCCGCGGGGUGAGGGGAACUGCGUGCGGAUGGUAUACGGCGAUACCCCAUGCAGUAAUACGAUGAAGUAGGAACCGCUCGGCCAAUGCUAGGUGCACACCGGAAAAGCGAUCGGAAGGAGAUAGCGCCGGGUGCAUGAAUUUGGUGGAGGUGGGGAGACUUGGUGGCUGUUGGGAGAGGAAGCGGGAGGAGCGCGGAGGAGAGAUAUUUUGGUCCAUAACAGCUACUGAUCCUGAAUCCAGGGAUUUGAGAUGGACGUAGAGUACGCUGCACUAAUUACAAAUCAACUACUUCUUCAUCUGUGC